AUGAUCAAUUACAAGAAACACAGAUCACAGACAACAACCCAUUUCUUAAUACUCAAAAAAAGUGCGAUCUUUACAAAAUCUUACUCUACAGUGCAGGAAGCUUUGAAGGAGUAUCCAAAAAACCAGUCAUCAGUUGAUAAAAAAUCCAAGUUCAAAGGAUAUCUAUGGUGGGUAAGGAUGGCAAUCUAUACAGCUUUCGUCUUGUUUGGACAGGCAAUUGCCGUCAUACUUGGAAGAUUAUACUUUGACAAAGGUGGAAACAGCAAAUGGAUUGCAACGCUAGUUCAAACUUCCGGUUUCCCAAUUCUAAUCCCUUUUCUCUUCAUCAAAUUCCCAAAAACCAAAUCCCCCACUUCUUCUUCUUCUUCCAUAACAAUCGAUCAAAUUAGUCGACCGCCAUCACUUCUCACCUUGUCAUCACUCUAUAUCUUCCUUGGAAUAUUCCUAGCCGCAGAUUGCAUGCUUUACUCAAUUGGGUUAGUCUAUCUUCCAGUUUCAACCUACUCUUUAAUCUGCGCCAGCCAGUUAGGCUUCAAUGCUCUCUUUUCCUUCUUCCUAAACGCCCAAAAGCUCACUCCUUUCAUAAUAAACUCUCUCGUCCUCUUAACACUAUCCUCUGUCCUUCUAGUCUUCCAACCGGAUUCUUCAGAAUCAAAUAAAGUCUCAAAAGGGAAAUACAUACUCGGGUUCUUAGCCACGGUUGGUGCAUCAGCAGGUUACGCUCUAAUGCUAUCGGUUACUCAGCUUGCGUUUAGGAAGAUAUUGAAGAAGGAUAAUUUAAGGGUUGUGUUUGACAUGAUUAUUUAUCAGUCUCUGUUCGCGACUUUAGCGAUUAUGAUUGGGCUUUUCGCUAGUGGGGAAUGGAGGUGGUUUGGGAAGGAGAUUAAUGAGUUUGAACUUGGGAAAGUGGCUUAUGUGAUGACUUUGGUUUGGACUGCUAUCUUUUGGCAAGUGUUUUCGAUUGGAGCGAUUGGGUUGAUCUUUGAGAUUUCGUCUCUGUUUUCGAACGUGAUUAGUACUCUGGGUUUGCCUGUGGUUCCUGUUUUAGCUGUGUUUAUUUUUAGAGAUAAGAUGGAUGGUGUGAAGGUGAUUUCAAUGGUGUUGGCAAUUUGGGGAUUCGUUUCUUAUAUAUAUCAACAUUAUAUUGAUGAUUUGGAAAUGAAGAAAUCUAAUCAGAGAGUUUUAAAUGAUGGGUUGUUGCAGAAUCAAGAACAACUUCCUGUAGAACUAGUUGAAAGAUCAAGAAACUAAUUUGGUUUUGAUUCUAACCUUGGUGUUGGUUUCGAAAGUGGAGUUUCUAUUUUUACUACAUUAUU